AUGGCUCAGUUCGCGCUCCCGACUAUUCACGCGCCUGUAGUCUCUGCCAAGGAGCGAAAGAAACGUGACUCAGCGCAACCGCCAAAGCGAAGCAGUAUGCGGACCUCGCGUUCAAGCAAGCUGGGUAUGCUAUCACUGGACAUACUCUAUAUGAUACUUGCUCUGCUAGCGCCUGGCGACCUCGUAAACCUGAGUAGAACGAACAAGAUGCUCCGUGGUGUCCUGCUAUCGCGCCGCUCUAGUACACACGUUUGGAAAAGAGCACUUGCUGGUCCAGCAGCUUUCAACUGUCCCCCGUGUCCUGAAGAUGUCUCAGAACCAGUCUGGGCCAACCUUCUCUUCGGAGAACCUAGAUGCACAUCUUGCGGCUCCGGCGACGACACGACUGUAACCUACUGGGAGCUCAGAGCUCGCCUGUGCUCUCAAUGUGAGAAGACUUGUUUAUGUCGCACAAGCAAGGUAGAAGGUAGUGACCCUAGUGCUGCCAGCAUACUACCCACAGACUAUGUAUUUGAUCGCAAUGUUGUUCACUCGCGGAUACGCAAGAUGUCAAAUAUAGAUUGCUUUGAGUACGAAAGCGCGUGGAGAGAGGACGUACAGAAGUACGAACGGCUGAAGCAGGGCGGUCACCUGAGGGGUAUCUGUGGUACGCGACGCUCUAUGCAGGCGGCGAAAGACAUGAGAGAGAGGGUCGCCGAGGCAUGUGUUUUGUGGGCUGCACAACGUGACAAGGCCCGUGUACUCGGCAUUCGAGGCCAGAAAAAUGAGAGGAUCGUUGAAAUUCGAAACCGCCUCCUCGCCCUCGGGUACGAAAGCGUUGACAUCAACCAUUCCACCGUCCAGAAACACAAGGAGCUGAAGAGUACGCAGCGGAUGACUGAUAAAGUGUGGCAGCGCGUCGGUCCCAUCCUCUGCCAGGUUCUUAACCAACUACGUGAGGAGCGUCUGGCCGCCAAGACACUCUCCCAGCAAAGUAUCGUCACCGCUCGUGCAGACCAACUUCACGCGGCGUCCCUUCGACAGGACAGGGAACUCCGUGCCAACGCUGUCAGACUCAAAGUCGCCCAGUUGUAUGCCUCUUUGCUGAAGCGAAUCCGGGUCGCUCCUACCUCGUUCUCUUUCCUGCCUGGCUCUCUCAGCUUCUGCGGUUUAUCGCCUCCAAUUGCUGCAAUACUUGCCGAAGCUCACGAAAUAUCGAACGACGAUAUUGUCAAUUUGAAGAACGUUGUCGCAUCUUCCCUCCCCUCCAUCCGCAUAUGGAUGCUUUUACGUGCAGACGCCUUCAGGAAGUGUAUACCGGCCUCGUGGCCAAAGGCGGUUGCCCCUUCACCUCCGCUCGAUACUCCUCUGUCGGAGUCCGACGUUGAUGUCUACGCUCAUAUAGCGGACCUGGAUCUUGCUGUCUACACUACACGGUGCCGUCGUCAUCACUCCAUCUCCCGGGCCAAAGAAUCAGAACCACUUCUAUUCGGACUGGAUGCUCUUGCUCAUAAUUGCUCUUCGGGACCUUGCCAGACGAUUGACUUGAAUAUCUCCAUCAGAAAGGAUAGCCACGAUACGGUCCUUCGGAUCCUGGAGUUGUUGGAUCUUGAUCCCAAGGCAGCGCGGCCUUUGGACCUUGAUCGUAUGAACGAGCCAUUUGUCACAACGUGCAGCACCUGUCUCGACGACGCAGAGCGCGAGUAUCAACGAGGAAAGCCAUCAGUCUUGUACACGAUAGUAAAGGGGAAAGCCCGUCCGGUGAAGAGUACUCGGCCUGACUUCAGGCUCCGGCUACAGCAGAGAAGCUGGUGUCCCAUGAAUUGGCGACACGCUGUCAUGCACAUGAAUCCCACAGACUUGAAACCACACCGCUGUCCUCCACGUUCGCUUCGGUUGCUUACGCCUGACGAGAAGGCUCAGCUCGAGCUUGCUCAAAAAGGCGAGAUCAGAGCCUACAAGAUCCAAAGCCGUACUUCCGAGGCGGCCUGCUGGGGUUGCUGUCACUGCCAGGUUCAACUUGCCGCAAGCGCGGAACCCCAUUCGUCUCAAGUGGAAAACUGGCGACCAAGGACCAUGUUGCUUCACGACGUUCAGCAACACUUGUCCGACGCACACGGAAUUGCGUCCGGCGUGGAGGGCACGGACAUGUUCUUUGAUCGCUGCGUCUACAGAGACGAGCGUUGGUCGUUUCCUCAUACGAUAUUCAUCAAGGACACGGACACCGAAUAG